UGUGUAAGCAUCCUCUGUGUUUGGGGGAUAAAUUAUUAUAGAAAUACAUAGCAUACUUACCUUUCCUUGCCAUUAUCAUAGAGACAUCUCAGAGAGAGUUGUGUGUCCCACUUUCAUUACAUUAUGCUGGGUGAAAGAUGCCUUUGUUUGGUUCCCAUCAAUUCGACACAUCGUCAAUUGUGCACCUCAGACUCACCUGGGUGUUUCAGCCCUUUAACACAAGACACCCUCAGCCAAAGGUGUGCCCACCGCAGACUGAUCAGCCCUGGGUGUGUGUCGCAUUGUUACAAGGUCAUCUGGCAGCCAUGUGUCCAUUAUGGAUUUAUUCUUUCUGGCCAGUUCUUGAUUAUCCUCCUCUGGACCUGUCCUCUGAGAGUAACUUAUUAGUCAGCUUUGGUGACCUCUGCAUUUAACCCAUACAGUGAGUAAUGAGCUCAUCACUGCAAGUCGUCGUGAACACAAACACCAGAAGCAGUGGGCAGCUAUCACUGCAGCUCAAAGGCACCACAGUUGUUCCCCAUCAGCCUUGAGAAUCGAUCUGGCAACCUUUUGGUCACGAGCCCAAAACUCUAACCAUUAGGCCACGACUACCCACAUGUUAAGGAUGGCUUCCCUCACUUCUACUUUAACUGAAGAGCAAAAACAGCGUCUCCGUGCUUUACUGGGUGAUGUUGAACUGACUCUUCUCUACAAAGCUUCUGUUCAUGGAUAUCAUGCUUCAGCCUUCCACCAGCUCUGUGACCACCAGGGACCAACCCUACUUGUAGCCCACAACCACUCAGGCUUCAUCUUUGGAGGAUAUACUAGUGUAGAUUAUACUCAAAGUGGACAGAACAUUACUGAUGACAAGGCUUUCCUGUUCAACGUGCCUAAGCAUGGUGGGAACCCUACAACAAUAAAAGUUAACAGUGGAGGUUACGCACGUCUUGAUGACUCUGGAGGGCCCAACUUUGGCCAUCUUCUGGUCUUUUGCUAUAAAAACAGACCAUUUUUAUCUAAUGGUUUAGGAUUUGGGUAUAACAAAUAUUUGUAUGGUACUUUCAAUUUUAAUCCAGCAACACUGUAUGGAAAUGACACUCAGCUUGCUGAAUGUGAGAUCUACAAAGUGACGCGGAGUAAGUCAGUCAUCAUAAAAAAAGUUGUCUCUCAGGUCAGUGCAGAUCAGGUUAAGGAGAAGCAGUGGAGGAACGUUCUGUGGACAGUCGAACAAAAACAAGAGCUUAUGAAAUGCAUCAAGAACUAUAAACCCCUGCAGUCCUCCGUGAACCGAGUUCGAAUCCUAAUGAUCGGUCCUGUAGGUGCUGGAAAAUCAAGUUUCUUUAACUCCAUCAACUCCAUCUUCAUGAGACGCAUGACGAACAAAGCCAUGGCGGGAUCAUCAGGCACCAGUCUCACCACACAGUUUCGCACAUUUCCAGUGAAAGAUGGGCGUGAGGGAAAGCCGUUACCAUUUGUGUUGUGUGACACUAUGGGACUUGAGGAGCAGUCGGGUGCAGGUCUGGAUAUUGAAGACAUCAGCAGCAUUCUUCAAGGUCUCAUACCAGACCGAUAUCAAUUCAACCCCAUGGCACCAUUUCAUCCCAAUGAGCAAAAGGCCAUCAGAUCUCUACAGGAGAGGAUUCAUUGUGUGGUUUACAUCGUGGAUGCCACCAAAGUCUCCCUCAUGUCCAGCAAACUGGAGGAAAAACUCGCUGCCAUACGCAAGAAAGUGAACUCACUUGGCGUUCCUCAGAUCGUCUUGAUGACUAAAGUAGAUGAAGCGUGUCCUCUGGUGGAGGAGGAUCUUCAAAAAGUGUACAUCAGUUCCUACAUUAAGACAAAGGUACAGGAGGUCAGCUCUCGGCUGGGUGUUCCUGUGUCUUGUGUGUUACCCGUGAAGAACUACAGUCAGGAGCUGGAGCUCAACCUCAGCUGUGAUGUUCUGCUUCUCACUGCUCUACAGCAGAUGCUCAACUACGCUGAAGACUAUUUGGAUGAUGCUGGUGCCAUUUAGGGCGCACACAUUAAAUGCUGCUUGAUGUUAUUGUUUAUUCUGUGGAUAAAAAAGAUUUGAAAAUGUAAAUGAUGAUACUCACAUUUAGAGGAGUAAUGUGUAAUGCAUGAGCUCUCUGUUGGAAAUGUAUGAAAUUAAAAUCAACAUUUAAUAUACAAGGCCUAACUAGGAAUAAAUACGUUUUCAUUUCUACAUCGAAUCAAACUGUUUUAACCAUUUCUCUAUGCAUCUAUAGAUAUGGCACUUACAGAAAUGUAUUUUUUUUGCUAUGUUAA